AUGACAGCGCUACCCAGCGGCCUGCUGCCCGAAACAGCCAAGACCGAGGAGACUUACGCGGUGGUGAAGAAAAAACUCGACAAGCUGCAGAGCCGGUAUGAGGCCCAGGAGUUGAAGGCACUCGCGGAGUAUGAGUCGCGCGUGAAAGAAAUCGAGUCCGAGUAUGAGAAACAGCGAGAUGCGCUCACGCAGCUCAACUCUCCGAUGCGGGCGACCUUUGAGAAGAUACUGAAGGAGAAGCGGAAUCUUGAGAUUUCUGAGUUACAACGCCUUUUUAAGGAGGGAAAAGAGACGCGUUACAGGAUUUACGAUGAGGAACGGAGACGCUACAGGGACGAGGCCUUCAUGGCCAUGAAUGCCUUGAUGAGCGCAGGGUCUGGUCCCAUGCUCGAGGAUCUGCCGAUGCCACCGUCCCUGAAGCCGGGGCCAGGACUUUCUGAAGGUUUCGCGAACACUGCUUCUCGUCCUGGAACACCCAGUCCUCCGAGAGUUUCUUCUAUGAGACGUGAGCAAACAGAGACGCCCUCAAAAAGCUCGAGGUCAACAUCUCUUCAGACUUACACGAAUGGCAGCCAUGCCCUUGUGCCGGACCUUGUGCAGCAGUCAGCACCUGUUAGUUCCCGGGCCUCUUUAGCUCCGCCAGUAUCGCCAAUUCCUAGCGCAAAGAAUGGAGGAGAGUCGCAAAAGAGGAAAUCCCCCAACGACUCGACUGAAAGCUCCCCGGAGUGUGUGAAACGUACUAAACUUGUGCAGUCCAAGAUCGAGAGCAGUGCCUCAGAACCUCCAUCGCCCACAGCUCUGCGGGCUCCGAAGGCACACAGGACCAUCACCUUUGCCGAAGUGUACGGCGAGCCUGGCGGCGAGAAACCCAAGUACAAGCAUAUUAUUGUCGAGUUUCCUCCUCGCUCCAACAGGUUUUACAUUCUCAAGUGCGAUGAGCAUGGCGUGCAUUUUGGCGAGAACCCAUUGCGCGGCGCGGCCAAGCAUCUGGCCAGCGCUCAGCACGGCAACAUGUCCAAGGCUCACACUACGGCAAUCGAGACGCUUGGAUUCGAGGUCGUCGAUUGCACUUCAGAGUUGAUGGAGAAGAAUAAUGCCGAGGUGAUGCAGGCCUUCCGCGAGAAUUACAAGCCAUUCAAUGCAAACCAUCUCAGUCAGGCGAAGCGUGCAGAGCUCGGCUUCCCGCCUCUGGAGACUCCCAACUGGCAGAAAGCUGCUAGUCAGCGAGCUGCAAAGGAUCGCUCUGCCAACGCCAAGAAGCAAGGCAGCGUCACGCAUCCUGAGGUUGGGAGGUUCUACGUCGCGCGUACCGAGACGAAGUGCCCCGUCUUGAUUUUGCCCAAGAACGACCUGGCUCCUGUCGGGCUGCAGGGCACGCUGGCCUCGACGGGCAUUUUCAGUGACUCGGACAUGUUCAAGCUGCCCAAGUGUUACACCUACGAGAAGGACGGUAAUAACAGAGUGUUGGGCAUCGCUGGUUGGGCCCCUGGUUACGAGGAUGGUGGGCCCCUCGUGAAGAAGCGCGAAUUCCCCGUCUUGGUGGUUAACAACCCCGAUCCUAACUUGUGGAAUAUCGGCUUCAUUGAGGCGUCAAGCCUGGCAGAGCUCGAUUUUAACGAUGAGAAUUCGCGGUAUCUUCCUUUCUUCAAAGAGGCCAGGGACUAUUAUUUCAAUCGCAUUCUGCCACAUCGUCGGAAUCAAAACCUCGUACCUCCAUCGUUUUACACCGAGCACUAUGGGUCGCCGACACCACAUCAGAAUGGCCAAUCGCAUCAUCAAUCGUUUGCUGAGAGCGAUAUCGAGAUGCGAGAUGUUGACGCACCGGAUGACGCUGACCGGUUCUCAAACCACGGCAGCAUUCUGUCUAAACACCCAUCUGGCGUCGCAUCGGCUCCUUUGUCCCCCGUUGCCGCGGCUCGAGUAAUUGCAGCUCAGGCGCUCGAAUUACAAGCGCCGACUCCUCCUGUUCGGGCCUUUACCCCGAUUAACGCCCCCUCUCCCCAAGAUGUUGGAUCAAGGAAUGUGUCGCCCAACCCGGAAGCUUUGUCAGGAGCACUUCCUACGCAGGCAUCGGCUCCCGUGCGGAAACCUAGCCCAGCUAGCAUUGAGAACAUCCUCCAAGAGUUCCCUCGCCAAGAUGCGCCGAAGGCAACUCGCAAGCCGUUGCCUUCAACAAGACCGAAUCCGGGUUCGCCGCCUAGGGCGUCGUUUGUGGCUAUUAACCAUGCAGCACAGCCAUUGCGCGAGGCCCGAGCCGGCUCGGUGCCCCUUGCGGAGAAUCGCCGUCUCCCGAAUGUUGCUUCUGAGCCGAUGCGGCAUUCGGCGCCGCAAUCUCCUGCGCUGACGUCGGUCAGCGUGCAUAUUCCGGAGCAGUCGUUGCAACGGUCCCCGAUGCCUUCGCCGCCCCCUUCGACGACCAUGCCGCAGAUGCCAGUUCCCCAAUCCCAGCCCACGCCGCAGCCCACUCGUGCUAAUUCCCCUACUCUUGGUUACCUCAAGCCGCUCACUCCUAUCAGCACGAGCCUUGCUAAGUACCAUCUCGAGCCGCUCACUACAAACAACUCGUCCCUGUCCCCUGGCGAAACCCCGACGUCUGUUCUCAGCACGGUCAUAGUGCAGAGCGAUAUCGCCACUCCGACUAUUAGCAGCGAUGUCUUCGACGUCUUUGGGCUUGUUGAAAACAAUGUCGAGCUCUUCCCCGCCGAUAUUACCUCGACUCCGUUCGUCCGUCUCGUCACGGAUAACACCUCGGGCGUGAUCUCCUCCGUGCCCGACGCCCCGGUGCAGGUGAUUAUCGACCCGAGGAGCAUCAAGCUUGUAGAAAGGACACAGAGCCGCGAUGGCGCGACGUGCAUGGUCAACGUGACGUACCAUUCGACUCAGGAGAGUGGCAAAUUGAAGACGCACACAUUGGUGUUUGAGAAGGUUAGACAGGAGGGCGGUUAUGGCGGCACAGUCACCAACGGUGCGGUACAUGCCAGACGGUUUUGCCGGCGCGUGUAUGAGUGGAACGAUAUGGUGGAGUUGCCUCCUCCGAAGACUUUGAGCGAGGGCCAGGAGCUUGUUUGGAGGCCUAGGAAUGGGGGCAAGACCGAGCUGAAGGAGAAGAAAGAUGAGGCGGCUCAGCAAGUUGCUGCUGUUUCUGACGCUUGA